UAUGCGGCCUUAAAGAUAGAGAUUCACUCAAUAGGCAGUUAUAUAAAUACGGAACCAUUCCCUGUUCCCUCCAUUCUCAACAAUAUCACACUCACACUCUCCGGGUGACGACGUUUCUUGUUGCUCCUUCUGCAGUUUGUUUCCCUUCACCCUUCUCGCAUGAACAGGGUAGCAUAGCAUUCUAUAUUGCUACCUUGCUCUCUCUGAUUCAUCACCAUCAUCAUUGAGCUUGAGGUUAAGGAAGAGAGUUUUGUGACUAAAUAUCAAUAGACAUGGCUAAGGAACAAUUGAAUGUGCUGAAUGCACUUGAUGUUGCCAAGACACAAUGGUACCACUUCACUGCAAUUGUGAUUGCAGGCAUGGGUUUCUUCACUGAUUCCUAUGAUCUCUUCUGCAUCUCCCUUGUCACCAAGCUACUGGGACGAAUAUACUACUUUGAUAACCCCACAAAACCCGGUUCUCUGCCAACAAAUGUCUCUGCUGCCAUCAAUGGCGUCGCGUUCUGCGGAACCCUCGCGGGCCAGCUUUUCUUCGGCUGGCUCGGGGACAAAAUGGGAAGGAAAAGGGUCUAUGGGAUGACCCUUGUGCUCAUGGUGUUUUGUUCACUUGCUUCUGGACUUUCCUUUGGGAAGGAUCCUAAAGCUGUUAUAGCUACACUCUGCUUCUUCAGGUUCUGGCUUGGAUUUGGAAUUGGUGGUGACUACCCUCUUUCAGCUACUAUCAUGUCUGAGUAUGCCAACAAGAAGACUCGUGGAGCUUUCAUUGCUGCAGUUUUUGCUAUGCAAGGGUUUGGAAUUUUGACUGGUGGCAUGGUUGCAAUUAUAGUUUCUGCUGCCUUCAAUGCCAGGUAUCCUGCUCCAGCAUUCAAAGUUAACCCAGUCUUGUCCACAGUGCCAGAAGCUGACUAUGUAUGGAGGAUCAUCUUGAUGUUUGGUGCACUUCCAGCUCUGCUCACAUACUAUUGGAGGAUGAAAAUGCCUGAAACUGCAAGGUACACUGCCUUGGUUGCCAAGAAUGCAAAGCAAGCAGCUGCAGACAUGUCAAAAGUGCUGCAGGUUGAGAUAGAACCAGAACCAGAGAAGAUUCAGAAAUUGGAAGCACAACAAGGGAAUAAGUUUGGCUUGUUCUCAAACCAGUUCCUCCGCCGCCAUGGACUUCACCUUGCUGGAACUGCUGUUACUUGGUUUCUUCUGGACAUUGCUUAUUACAGUCAGAAUCUUUUCCAAAAGGACAUUUUCACUGCAAUUGGGUGGCUACCAGAUGCAAAAACCAUGAAUGCAAUUGAAGAGGUUUACAAGAUUGCAAGAGCUCAAACUUUGAUAGCACUUUGCAGCACUGUCCCUGGUUACUGGUUCACAGUGGCACUCAUUGAUAGGAUUGGAAGGAUUAAAAUUCAGUUGAUCGGGUUUUUCUUCAUGACUGUGUUCAUGUUUGGUUUAGCCAUUCCUUACCACCACUGGACCAUGAAGGGAAACCAAAUUGGGUUUAUUGUGAUGUACUCACUGACCUUCUUCUUCGCCAAUUUCGGCCCUAACGCCACCACAUUUAUCGUGCCAGCGGAGAUUUUCCCGGCAAGGCUGAGAUCAACAUGCCAUGGCAUAUCAGCUGCUGCUGGGAAAGCUGGAGCAAUGGUUGGUUCUUUUGGGUUCCUGUAUGCUCAAAAUGCCAUUGGACUGAGAAAUGUGCUUAUACUUUUGGGUGUUGCUAACCUCUUGGGUUUGUUUUUCACAUUCUUGGUGCCUGAACCUAAUGGGAAAUCACUUGAGGAGAUUUCUGGUGAAGCUGAGGAAGAAGAGACUGCUGCUACAAGAGACCCAGCAUUGUGGCAUGGAAUUCAAGUUUAGGACUUUUUAUAAUUGAAUGUUUACUAUUUAGUAUUUACUUCUAUUAAGUAAUUUUAGGCUUAUUGUACAUUUCCUUACUUUUGAUAAGUAAUUGUAGGCUUCUAGUAUUUGCACUCAGGAAUGAUA